AUGGCUUCCAUUCCACUGUUUGUUGAAUGCCAACACAAGCACACCUCAUUCUACUCAGGCCUGACUGCUCAACCACUAAUAAGAUUCACAGGAAACCAAGGGAAAAUCUCAAUACCACAGUCUGAGAAUCAAAAUGAGCUGCGGACUUUUACGUUCUACUUGUCCAAUGUGGGAAAGGACAACCCCCAAGGCAGCUUUGACUGCAUUCAGCAGUACAUUACAAGUGAAGGGAGCAUACAGCUGGACUGCUUGGGUGGGAUCCAGGACAAAAUCACAGUGUGCGCCACAGACGACUCCUACCAGAAAGCCAGGCAAAGCAUGGCUCAUGCCGAGGAGGAGAGCCGCAGCCGUGGAGCCAUCGUCAUCAAGCCUGGUGGGAGAUAUUUGGCUAAGCGGGUACAAAUCCGGAAGCCCAUAAUGGGUGUAUCUGACGUGGCUCCAUCGCGACGGACCUCACGACCCGUUAUCGUCUCCAGCAGUCAAAAAAAGAGCCCACCACGUCCGAUAAGGGAACGGCUGGUGCAUUUACUAGCCCUUAAACCCUACCGCAAACCCGAACUCCUGGUCCGGCUCACCAAGGACGGCCUCUCUUCUCAGGACAAGGAGAUGCUGGACAGCCUCCUGCAACAGGUGGCUAACCUGAAUAGUAAGGACAAUACCUUCACAUUGAAGGAUUGUUUGUUUAAGGAAGUUCAGAAGGACUGGCCUGGUUAUACUGAGGUGGAUCAGCAGAUUCUGAAGAGAAUUCUUGUACGAAAACUUUGUAAGCCUCAGAGUAGCACUCCUGCUGCUGGGGAGAGCCCGGUCAGUCCGCCCAAAGAGCAGGCCAACAGCUCACCCUCACAGCAGAAAAGGCCUGCAGCAGAGUUCAUAGACCCUCUGGCCAACAAGAAGCCUAGAAUAUCGCAUCUGGCCGGCAAGCCUACAGGGCCCAUGAACGGCAAACUGAGCUCCUCCAAUGGGAAGGACUCAUCUAGUUCUCAAGUGGGAGAGACAUCCUCAGGCUCUCAACUCCCUGUGUUAGAAAUCCCCCGACCCUUCGACCCGCUUUCAGACGUCAGUAACGACUCCAACAGUCGAGACUGUGAGAAUCAAGAGGCGGCGGUGGUGGAGAGACUGAGUCAACCUUUGUCGUUCGCACCUCGUUCCACGACGCAAGUGGAAGGGGUGGGCUCAAUGACCCCAGCCCACGGCAGCCUGGAUGAGUCUCGGGGUCGGACGAAUCUGUCCUCCCUGCAUGGCAAGUCAAAGAAGAAGUCCAAGAAACACAAGGACAAAGACAAGUCUAAGGAAAAAGACAGGGACAGAGAGAAGGACAUGAAGAAGGAGAGAAAAAUCGAGGAAGAACGUGGCUCAGAUCAGAGGAAACCCUGCGAAGUCACAACGAGUGAUGGGAGCACAGGUGUGAACGGAACGUGUGACAGCUCCAGUAUUCCUGCGUCUUCAUCGGAGAUGGCAGACUAUUUAUUAAAGUACACAGUGAUAAGCUCGCAAGAGCAGCGUCAGAGUUACAAGAACGACUUUAAUGCAGAGUACAGUGAAUACCGGGGACUCCAUGCACGGAUAGAGAGCAUAACCCGACAGUUCACUAUACUCGACUCUGAGCUCAAACAGCUCCAACAAGGCACAGACAAGUACAAGACAAUCCACAAUCAGAUACUUCAAGAGUAUCGGAAAAUAAAAAAGAUUAAUCCAAACUAUAGCCAAGAGAAGAACCGCUGUGAAUAUCUACACAACAAACUGGCACAUAUAAAAAAACUGAUAGCAAAAUAUGAUCAUCAGCAACUGUAAAACUGGCACAAAUAACACGUUUUUCCCCGUUUUUCUCUCAAUUUUCCUUCUCUUUUGAGAGCGAAAGAAACUGGAUUAUUUUUGUUUUUCUUGGCUUCCUCUAAAAACAAGUUGCUCUAAUUUAAAAUGCCAUGAAACAGAUAGUUUCUCCUAAAAUGAGCCAAGAGCUCUAGUGAAGACAAUGCAGACCCUUGAAUCAUAUUUUUAUUUUUUUUUUAUUUUUUUUUUUUAUGGGACUUGGGACAAGGGCAUACUUUGUCGUACUCACCUGUGUAGCCUACUACAUUAUGGGAUAGCCAUGUGUGACAUUGGUUGCUCGCUUCCCUUUUCAAAGGCCUCAGAGUGUAAAAAUCCUUCUGUGGAAACCUUGCUCUUGUUUUCCAAACAGGGAUAUCCAACAGAUAUACACAUAUAAUGGAUUAGGCAAAUCCCAAUCCCAGUUUCUUAUAGUUUCAAGUUUAGGAAAAUAAAAAAUAAAAAAAAUUCUUUGUGCUAAAAUGGAGGGUUCUAAUGAUAAACUAUUUUAUUCCUUUUAUAUUUAUUUUUUCCUGCUCUGUUGUCUUCCAUAGGGAUACAUCAGUCUGAUUUAUAAUUUCACACUCCUUGGUAUGAGUGCUAAACACAUUUUCCCAUCCCUUUUGGUCUUUAUUACCUUAAAUCAGUCAGUAUUUCAUGCAAAAAGCUGCCUUGAAUUUCAAGAGAUCCCUGUUGCAGAACAGUUUUCCCCUAUCGACAUAACAUUGUCUUUUUUUUUUUUAAUUUAUUUUCACUUUUUUUCUUUGUGCUAUAGUGUCUGAAAUAGCACACUUUGUCUUCUCUGGUCCUUUAUUUUGUGCAAUGUGCUAGACCAUGUGCAGUGGACAUGAAUUGGAUGCCUAUCAGAAGAAGAUCUCUAUACAUAGGCUUUGAAAGUAUUAAUCUACAAUUGAGACCCAUUCAUUUGGGCAGCUGUGGUAGAACUGAACGACAUACUAUAAAAUGAUCCAUGUCCGAGCUUUUUCAGUUUAACUUUCCAUUCCAGAGGUGAGCGUGCUACAGUUUAGGUGCAUCUUUGCUCUAAAUUACAGUGCAAUAUUUUUGGUUUCAGACCAAAUCUCUGUAGCAUCCUUUAGCUCAAGUUCAGAUCAUUACAAAAGAGUUUUUUUACUGAGAAAAUAUGAUGCUGCCGUGUCAUAUCCAAGGAAUGGAAUCAGUUGUAAUUAAGGUGUGGCCAUAUGUUGCAAACAUGUGCCUCUCCCAAGCUGUGGUUCAUCUCUUCUGUAUCUCCAGUAAUCCAGUAUUGCAAGUUAUGAGUGUUACAGUAACAUGUCAGGUCCUGACACUUGCGGCCAAAUUUAUGAUGCCAUUCUUUUAGAAAAUAAUGAUUAUCCCUUUAAUGUGGCCCGUUUGUACAUGCAUUGGGCUAGUUGGUAAAGAAUGCCUAAAAUACAAGGAAUGUAAACUUAUACACUCAUUGAACACUGUCUUCUACUGUCUUAACCCUUUAGCAGUCCAAUGCUUUCUUGAAUACUGAGUAUUUAUGGGGGGGUUUUGUACCGUUUCUGACAGUAUUUUUUUCCAAACAGUGUCCUCCACGUCCAGACAUGACUGUUAAAUUCUAUUAAGGUAUCGGUCACUAAUGGCAUCUUAUCACGAGCACUCACUAUCAAGUGUAUCUGUGGGUGAAGGAUCCAUUACAAGCCUCUGAAAUAUUUCAAUGGGAUCGUCCUCACGUUACUGUUGUAUUCGCCUCAUGGAAGCUCAACCACAAGUUGCUCAUCUGUCAGGUCCUGUUUAAGCAUCAAUUGUACUUCUGAUAUCUGAACUCUUGUUUAAAUAUUAAAAUUCAGCACUUUGCUCAGCUUCAUGCUGUUACUCUUACCUGGGUUUUGUGUUUAUGCAUGCUUUCUGACUGUUUAAAGAUAAGAGAUUGAAGAAAGACCUGUGUUUAUAGUGGUUUUACACUGCUGUUCAAUGUUCAAAAGCAUUCAAAGCCAAACAAAAGCCAAAUAUUUCUAACUGUCCCAUUUAAAGUUACUGGGGCCCAACAUUGGUUCAGUGCUGAAGUUGUAAAUCUUUAAAAUGUGCCUUAUUUAAAUAAGGCACAUUUGACCAUAAAAUUGAAGUGAUAAAGCACUGAAAAAUGUAUGAACUUAUUCGAUAUACCAUCAAUAUUUACCAGGUGGAGUCUGGAUUUAAAUGGACACAAAUCAAACGUUAGAUCUUGAGAACUUUAAAAUUUUUAUUUGUAGUCAACAAUUACCUUCUUUGGUUGCAGUCUUUUACAUUACCUGGAGAAGAAAAAAACAGAAAAUGAAGCAAAAGCUCAAUGGAGAAUGAAUGACGUUUGUUUGGAUUUGGAGGUAUGAUAAUGUUUCGAAUUAUGGCAAGACAACUGGGGAAAUGUGCCAAAUGACCUGUUGUAUAGGUUUGCAUCAUUGAAAUAUGUUGCCAUUUAGCAAAUACAGAAACACAAGCAAGUGGGGGAAGCUUUGGAAGGAAGGGUUGUGAUGUCAACGCUAAAACCCAAAGCGUGCUUUUUGAAACAAGGGACUGGGACUGAAAUUUAUCUUGAUAUCUCAAUAAAAUUCUUGAAAAACA